AUGGUUGGGAUGGACGCAAUUAGCUCGCUCCUCCAGACGGGAUCGUGGAGGACCUCGCGCUCAAAGAGUCAGAACCCCUACUCUCGAACUCCCCGUCGCACUGAUCCGCUCUCUGAGUUGGAUAUUCAUGUUGACAAACCCUCGGAAACACGACGGCGCAUACCGCGAUUGCCUCCGCCUAUUGUUGAAGAUGAGGCGGAGUCUCUAGCCAAGGAACAUGGAAGUCCGUCGGUCAUUAGUUCUUAUGAGGAUGAACCUCCCAAUCGCGGGGAAAUUGACCAGUUUCCACUUCUGGAGCCGGUUUUGGAAAAUAAUCCAGAGCGCCGCUUCGUAGUUGUCACGGGCCCAGGGGCUGGAAAAGAGAGCGAGCCAGCACCUAGCAUUGUUGAGACAACACCACCCAUUACCUCUACUGACACAGCCCAGAAAGGGGAGACCAAUGACUGCAACAAGUUCGUUCUUGUUCCUUCAGAUGAGACCAAAGAUGGAGACAAGCAAGAGGAAAAGAAGGUACCGGAACUCGCAAAGCGAAAGAGCCACCAGGAUCUGCCACGGUUGGAUACCCACGUUCAAGAACCAGACACCAAGGACGCUUCCAUUGAACCACCGAGUGACCGACAGAGCCCAGAGAAGACUCCUGUCCAUCAGGAUGAUGGCAAAGCGGCUCGAAUCAAACGAUCAAGCAGCCGCAGGCGCCCAGAAGCACAUAUUGACGAAGAGGACACCAAGAAAGCAUCCUUGAAGCGAGCAAGCAGCCGUCGGCGCCCAGAGAUUCCUCCUGACGACCAAGACUCUGCGGAUACUUCUAUCAAGCGAUCAAGUAGCCGGAGGUACAGAGAGCGGCCUGCCGACCAGGAUGCUAAGGAGUCCCCUAUCAAGCGAUCAAACAGUCGGAAACCCCGAAAUCGACCACUUCACGAUCAGGACUCUGAAAUCACCGCGGAUUCUCCUGACAAUGUUAACCCGGGAGCAAGCGACUUUUCUGCUAGCGUUGUCACUGAAACGGCGGGUGGUAGGGAGCGCCGACCGCGUCAUGAGCGCAUGGCCUCAACACCUGACGUGCCCCGAAUCGACUCCAGAUCCCUUGAGCUGGAAGGACCUGGAAUAGCUCCGCUAUCGAUGUACCGAUAUAAUGACGCGGGUGACGCCAUGUCAUUCAUGGUACAAGAAGACGCCAUCCCCGAUCACGAUCUAACUAGGAAGUCUCCACCGCCGAGGACAAGCCGCAAAGAGAGCCCACCACCGUAUCCUUCAGCUGCGGAAAGGAAGAGGAUGCCAAGUCAGUCUGCUACUAACAGGAGGCGUCGCAACUCCAUGGCUGCCCCUCGUGACCGCAGAGAAUAUCCAAUCGAUGACGAUCCUCGUCACCAACAGUUAGACCACCAGGAACAGCCCCAGCCGCUUCGCCCUGCCGUCGAAGAAGACGCCUCACUGAUGGCCCUUAGACAUCGUUUGGGUGCAGUGGAUAUUGGUUUAGAGUCCCAGGAUGUGGUACCUCAUCCUUCCGCCCUUGCACUAAGGCAGCAGGACCAGUUCUCGGAUGCGAGUGAUCCAGGAAGCUCGAGAAGCGCUACAUUCUUGGCCGAGGGAGAUUACAGGAGGGGAAGGGCCGGUACCUACUCUUUGACGUCUUCCCCUCCUAACGGUAGAUUGGUACCCCGGAGAGAAGAUGAGAGCAGUCCGAGGACCAGGCGGCGGGCUCGUUCGCGGACGAUGGGUACAAACCUCUAUUCCAACAGCUCACCAAUUUUGCCUGUAUCGGGUCAUCAUUCAAAUGGGAGCAUGGCGCUUGCGAAAGUCUCUUCACCGUUGGCAUCCCCAUCUCUUACACGACAAGAGCUUGUCAGCACCAGACCAUCAGCAUCUUUCUGGGAUCCGAAUCCAUUCGAGCCAGCGAGCCGUAGAGCUCCAGGCGCCAGACCGAUUCUCUCCUUCCAAAGUUAUUCAGAGGAGGUAGAACAAGGACUAACAGCUCCACUGCCUGACUGUCCUUGGAUGGUUCCUGGGUUACCUUACAGUAGAAACCCAGGCGACCGCUUCUGGACUCUCCGCGGGGCCGAGAACUUCUUGAUAUGCCCUCAUUGCCAUUCGGAGCUCUUCGCCAACAGCCAAUUCAGGCACGAAUUCGUUGCUACUUCCCUACGACCCGAUCAGCCUGUCUUGUGCGACUUUGCCUCCUCCUUCUGGCAUCGCAUGGCAUACCUGAUGACACUCAAGCAACGUUUGCCAGACCUGCAACUCAUGCGAAACGUAGCUGCGGUUUUAAGGCGCUAUCCGCCCUGCACUGGACCCUAUGAGACAGUUAGUAUUUGGCAUGGGAUGUGGGAUCCGUACAGAAGAGAGUUUGUGCCCAACUUCGAUGUAUGCGUGGGGUGCGCGAAGAUGUUGGAGGCAGUGUUGCCGAGCCUGGCCAAUACGCUACAUCCAUCAACCCGAGAGCCAUUCACAGCCUAUUGCCAACUCCAUUUCAGACCUGGAAGAAAACGAUUCAUGGACUACUGGGACCUUCUGGAGACGACCUCGGAUUACGCACUCAGCCGCCAAACCGCGCCCGAUACUAUCCCCGACCUCGCAAGCAGACUUCGCCGAAUCGCACGAAUAAGAGAGUGUCCAAAAGAGCAGCCUCUUACCGAAGAGUAUUGGUAUAUCAUGCGUUUUCUUCCCAAAUUCACGGUUUGCGAAGAAUGUUUCAGGGAAGUGGUCAAGCCUAUACGUGAUGCCAGAGAUCAUAGGAGCGAUAUCCCUUGGAACUUUGAUCCGGAACCUCAGCUCGUACCAAUAGGUUCCUGUCAACUCUACAGCGAACGCAUGCGGGAGGAGUUCCAUGAAGCCUGCCGGCUCAAUGACAUCGGCUACCUUGACGCCAAAUACACCGAAAGAAUGGGAAGUCUAUUGACGCCUGUGAUCAGGUGGUAA